CCAAUAAACGUCGACUGCGAACACAGGCAUAGUGUUUCUACUACUUAUGCCACUGAUAGAGUUUAACAAGAGUAACUAGUAUCAAAUAGCCUCUCGGCWAGGACAAAUUAAUCCUCAAAGAAAAUCCUAACUCAAGGCAGCUGCAAUUCUAGCCACUAUGUUGGACAUUAAGAAGAUUMGACUCUUCGUCUGUUUCUGUAUUUCUUUGGUUAAUUYGAAUUGCCUCACCAAYUGGAGCAACAWGUCAAUAGUCAACCUGUUGGAGGAAUGCUCAGUGAUGGCUACUUGCCUUUGCGAUAUCAUAUCUGUUAUGAUACUUUACCCACUGCUGGGAGAUGCAUAUCACAAUUCAGGACAAUACAAAAAAGCCGUUGAAUACCAUGAAAAGAGCCUUGGUGUUCAUAAAAAUAUGRGUAACAAACGAGGAGAGGGAAACGCUUAUGGUAAGUUGGGAAAUAMCUAUCAGUCAUUAGGGGAGUAUCAAAAGGCAAUUGAAUGCUAUGAAAAAUGUCUUAUCRUUGCGAAGGACAUUGGCCACAAGCAGGUACAAGGAAGCAUCUAUGCAAAUUUGGGAAAUUCUUAUCGAUCUUUAGGAGAACAUCGCAGGGCCAUUGAAUACCAUGAAAAGAGCCUUAGCAUUGUUAAGAUGUUUGGCAAUAGGAUGGCUGAAGGAAUAAACUAUGGAAACUUAGGAAAUGCCUAUCACGGAUUAGGCGAACAUCACAAAGCAAUUGAAUACUAUGAGAAGGGACUUGCCAUUGCUAAGGAGACAGGUAACAUAGAAGGAGAAGGAAGCGCCUUUGGAAACUUGGGCAAUGUGUAUCGUUCAUUAGGGGAAUAUCACAAGGCAAUUAGAUACCAAGAGAAGAGUCUUGGAAUUAGAAAUGCGAUUGGUGAUAGGGCUGGUAAAGGAAACAAUUAUGGAAGCUUAGGAAAUGUUUAUGAGUCAUUAGGAGAAUAUCGCAAAGCAAUUGAAUAUUAUGAAAGGAAGCUUGAAAUUGCUAAAGAAGUUGGUAACAAAUCUGAAGAAGGAAAUACCUACGGAAACUUAGGCAAUGCCUAUCUAUCAUUAGGAGAAUACCAAAAGGCAAUAUCAUAUCACAAAAAGAGCCUUGGCAUUGCUAAGGAAAGUGGCAACAAGGAGCUAGAAGGAAGUACCUAUGGAAACCUAGGAAUUGUCUAUCAAGCAUCAGGAGAGUAUUGGAAAGCGAUAACUUAUCAUGAGAAGAGUCUUGGCAUUGCUAAAGAGAUUGGUAACAAGACCGUUGAGGGAAAUGCCUGCGGAGGYUUAGGAAUUGCCUAUCGAUCAUUAUCAGAWUAUCAUAAGGCAAUUGAAUACCACGAAAAGAGUCUUAGCAUUGCUAAAGACAUUGGUAACAGGGCGGGAGAAGGCAGUGCCAACGGAAACUUAGRAAAUGCCUWCCAUUUACUUGGAGAAUAUCAGAAGRCGAUUAAAUAUCAAGAAAGGAACCUUGCUAUUUCUAAAGAGAUUGGUGAUAAGGCAGGAGAAGGGAACAGCUAUGGAAGCUUAGGAAAUCUCUAUCUAUCAUUGGGAAAAUAUCACAAGGCACUUGAAUGUCAUGAAAAGGGCCUCAUCAUUGCUAAAGAGAUUGGUGAUAGAGAGUCCGAAGGUAAAGAAUUAGCAAACAUAGGAGCUGUCUAUGAAUCAUUAGGAGAAUAUCAUAUGUCAAUUGAGUAUCACCAAAAUAGCCUAAUGAUUGCCAAAGAGAUUGGUGACAGAGCCGGAGAAGGAUCCGGUUACGGAAACAUAGGAAAUGCCUAUGCAUCACUAACAGAAUAUCAAAAGGCAAUUACAUAUCAUGAAAAGAGCCUUAUCAUUCUAAAAGAAAUCGGUGAUAGGGCUGGAGAAGGAGGCAAUUACGGAAGCUUAGGAAAUGCCUAUCAAUCCUUACAUGAGUAUAGCAAGGCCAUUCCAUACCACGAGAAGCGACUCAAUAUUUCAAAAGAGAUUGGUGACAGGGCUGGGGAAGGAGGCAGUUACGGAAGCUUAGGAAAUGCCUAUCAAUCAUUAGGAGAAUAUCACAAGGCACUUGAAUGUCAUAGAAGAAGCCUUGUUAUUGCCCAAGAGAUCGGAGACAGAAAUGGUGUAUCAACUGCUCAUCAUAAUUUGGGACUGACCUACAGCUCCGAAUGGAUCCUUAAAAACCUGGUCAAAGCUGAGGAACAUCUUCUAAACAGUAUCAAAUGUUAUGAAGAGCUGUUCGAUGACUUAAAGGAAAAAGAUCAAUUCAAGAUAUCUUUCGUUGAUACUUAUGUUAAGACAUACAAAUUUCUUAGCGAGGUCCAACUUCAAGCAAAGCAGCCUGAAAAAGCUCUGUUGGUCUGCGAACGUGGACGAGCACGUGCUUUAAAGGAUCUAUUGAGUAUAAAAUACGACACGACUGAAGCAUCUUCAAAAACGUCCGAACUUAAUGAUGCGAAGAAACUUUCGGCCAGUUGUGGUGCCUCCAUUCUAUUUUACGAUCUUCAUAAUAACAAACUGACUGCUCGUUUCUGGGCUAUAUCUCCCCGGCAAGUUUAUUUCUAUGAUGAACUAGUAGAAUAUAAAUCUAUGUCAAGAAUAGCAUCUCAACUAUCUGAACAUGAAAUAAUAAACAUUGAAAAUGGAUACUUCCAACACCUUGUUGAAAAUAGCUUUGCAUACAUGAAAGUUAGACAGGCAAGAUGUGAGGACCGUUCGCUCGAGUCAAUAGAGGGCAAAGAGGCGUCUUCUAAUAACACUUCAGAACCUAGUGCAACUGCUUGCAAUGUUUUCGGAGAACUUUCAAGAUGCAUAUACAUGAUGGAUGGAGAAGAUGAUGGUGACCAGCCAUUGGAAGUACUCUUUCAUCGAUUAAUUGCCCCGGUGCUGGAUAAGCUGACUCAAGACGAGAUUGUCAUCAUCCCUGACGGCCCUUUGUUCAUGGUAGCUUUUGCUGCUCUUUCAGACCGAAAGACGGGUGAAUAUUUAUCAGAAACCAAACGGCUUCGCUUGGCUCCUUCUUUGACAACUUUGAACAUUCUACAAGAAUCUUYAGAUGAUCACCAUUCCAAGUCAGGGGCACUGAUCAUUGGAGAUCCUACUGUUGGCGAGGUAAUGUAUAGAGGUAAAAAGACAGAUAUUUAUCCUUUGGCCGGUGCAAGAGAUGAAGCAAUAGAGAUUGGGAUGGUACUCGGAGUAGAUCCAUUAGUAGGCGAAGAAGCAAACAAAGAAGCAGUCCUUAGUAAAUUGCAACAUGGUGUUUCUGUCAUUMACAUUGCUGCUCAUGGUAGUUCGCGAAAUGGACAGAUCUUUCUGGCUCCUUCUAUGCCUCCAUCAGCCAGCAAUAUCCCGGUGGAGAAAGACUACAUCUUAACAAUGAAAGAAGCUCAAGACAGUGGAAUUCGUGCUCAACUUGUUGUACUUAGUUGCUGCCACAGUGGUCGAGGAGACAUCAAGUCGGAGGGAGUGGUGGGAAUGACUCGAGCAUUCCUUGCCGCAGGAGCUCGUGCCGUUGUAGCGUCAUUGUGGGCCAUUGAUGAUUUAGCCACGAAGUUUUUCAUGCUUAAAUUCUACUCGCAUUUAAAGAAUGGAGAGAGUGCUAGUAGGAGUCUACAACAGGCCAUGAAGGAGAUGAGAGAAACAGAGAGAUACAAGGACCCAAUGUACUGGGCUGCCUUCUUUCUUAUUGGUGAUGACGUCACAGUCACUGUAUAAUUGUAAUUUGAUUAGUAGUUCAAGAUACCAGGAGACAUUAUCGAAUUGGRGAUUUUAGUAUCGUUCGGAUUUUUGUAAUAUCAAUUUAAUUCUAUUGUUUAGGAUAUUUAAAAACGUUCUUGGUCGAAAACUAUGCUUUAUACAGAAAAUGUGACAAAAAGGCGAGAUUUGCUGUUACUCCGAGUUUCUUGUUUACGCACUCAUCAGACAGUAUUUAAUUUUCUUAGUUUUUUUAAAACCUUGUUGUACUUGGAUUUUAAACCUUGAGGCAAAUAACAAAGGCAUUUCACACUGAGAUAAGGAGAUUUGGAGAUAAAACCAGAAACAAUAAAAAUGAAUGGAACAAUGUAAAAAUUCCACGUGCUAACGUACUGCUUUCUUAACUAUUGUAAUCUUUGUUCUUAACAGUAAUUUUUAGCCCUUAUUAUAACACCAGAACACCUUGAGCUCGCGCUACAUAGUUUACGUGCUCUGUUUUAAGUUCAAAUUUAAGCGCGCUUGUCGUGUAUUACAAACAACAAUUGUAAAGGAAUUUUUAAAAGUAAAGACGAAACUAGUUUUCC